AUGCCGCAUUCGACGUCGUCGGGUUCGUAUUCGCGCGAACCGUCCGUGUCGCGAACACCUGCCAAGUCCGAAAAAGAUGGCGACAGCGGACUCGAGAAGUUUCCUGACCAUAUCGAUGCGCCCAUGUUUGCAAACAACGGCUGGAGAGAACCAAGCCCUGCCCCCGCCCGCGGGUAUACUAACGGUCUGAACGGAGGCCCUGCGCCCGCAGUAGAAAGGUGGCAGCCGCGACGAGAAAGUCGUGUAAGAUGGGGGCAGAUGGGCCCGCCCGGCCCCUCGCGGCAGGGACAAGGACAAGGACAAGGACAAGGACAGGCACAAGGACAUACACACGGCAGGAAGAAGAGUAUAUCGGAGGCAUUCCGAACUAUUAGGGAUAGGAAUGGCAGUGUCAGCCAAAACGCUCACGAGAUCGCCGACGCCUUGAAGGCACCAUUGUCCUGGCAGCUCAUCAUACUAUGUGUCAUGUGGUACAUGUCCUCUGCCUUGACCAAUACGUCGUCCAAGUCGAUUCUGAAUGCGUUCGACAAGCCGGCCACCUUGACCAUGAUCCAAUUCUUCCUUGUCGCAUUCUAUUGUAUCACAUCGUCGUGGCUGGCCUCCGUCUUCCCGAAACUGCGAACCUCGAUACCGGCCUUGAAGCACCCAAUCCGACAGCCGUCGCGCGAUGUUAUCAGUACGACGCUGCCCUUGGCGGCCUUCCAGAUCGGCGGCCAUCUUUUGAGCGCAUCGGCUACCUCUAAAAUACCUGUCUCGCUCGUACACACGGUCAAGGGCCUAUCGCCCCUGUUUACAGUGUUCGCCUAUCGGUUCUUCUUCAACAUCAAGUAUCCAAUGGCGACAUACUAUUCACUUAUUCCUCUCACCGCUGGCGUCAUGUUGGCAUGUUCGGGCAAUCACACGUUUGGGGGCGAAAUGCUGGGCUUGAUCUAUGCCUUUCUGGCGACAAUCCUGUUUGUAACCCAAAACAUUGUCUCGAAGAGGCUCUUCAACGAGGCCGCAAGAGCUGAGGCCGAGGGCCACUCAGCAAAGUCGCAAAAGCUCGACAAGCUGAACCUCUUGUGCUACUCCUCAGGAAUGGCGUUUAUCCUGACAUCGCCCCUUUGGUUUUGGGGAGAAGGUAUCUGGCUUAUCAAGGAUUUCCUCUCGGACGGGUCGGUCGAUUUGUCUGGCAAGGCCAACAGCAUGGACCAUGGCCGCCUUUUCUUGGAGUUCCUUUUCAACGGGACUUUCCAUUUUGGACAGAACAUCCUGGCAUUUGUUCUGUUGUCGAUGGUCUCACCCGUGACGUACUCGGUAGCGUCCUUGAUCAAGCGAGUGUUUGUCAUCGUGGUGGCUAUCAUCUGGUUCCGAAGCAAGACGACCAGGGUGCAGGCCGUUGGAAUCGCACUGACCUUUCUCGGCCUUUACUUGUACGACCGGUCGAGCGAAAGGAACAAGGCAGACAAGCGUGCCCGUAUGCUCAGUGCCAAUCAUGCCGAUCGGCCGCUGCUCCCGCUCAACACGCAGGGCGCAUUCCAGGCCAGCCAGAAUGCGCCUGUGUUUGAGAGCCCGGCUGUGGUGAAUGCAGGCACCAACCCACACGCCUAUACAAAUGGAAGCACGGCGCUUGUCAACGGCGGAAGCGAGGAUCCCAAGAAGAACGACGAUUCCGGGACCGGCGGACGGCAGAGAGGAAACAGCAGCGCGGCGUGGUUGGCGCCUGGGACUCGACAGGAAGAAACGUGGAGAUUUCAAGAUCGGGUGCAUCAGCCGCAGCGUGUGAGUUGA